UCAAACAAUAUUACUUAGUCCCCUCUAUAUAUAAUAUCUCUAGAGAUGACAAUUCAAUUCAAUUCAAUUCAAACCUAACUAACUCUUCUUUACUUUACAUUAAAUAUUUUUAUACCCUUUCUAGUUUUCUUCAUCAUGAAGACAACAAGUAACAGAUUUGUGGGAAUUGUUCAAGCUAAACAGAAGCUUCAAAGAACACUUUCACAAAGAAUUAGAAUGGCUUCAGCUGUUGGUGAUGUACCAAAAGGACACUUGGCAGUUUAUGUUGGAAAUGAGCAUAAGAGGUUUGUGAUUCCAAUAUCAUUUUUGAGUCAUCCUUUGUUUAGAGAUUUGUUGGAUUGGGCUGAAGAAGAAUUCGGAUUUAAUCAUCCAAUGGGUGGUCUCACGAUUCCUUGCACCGAAGAUUACUUUAUUAGUCUAACUUCUUCUCUUAAUUAGUAAAAUUAUUGAUUAUUGAUUUUUUAUUUAUUUAAUGCUACCUAGUUAGAUAGGAAGAAACUGAAUUUGGUCUCUUGAUCAUCGAUUCAUGUUGUUGUGGAAAUUCAUCAAAUAAUUUCCGAAUUCUUGUGAUGUACUUAUAAAUUGUAGUACAUUAGGUUUUUUUGCAAUUUGAAUUCGAGCAACUCUCGAGAUGUAACACUGAAAAUUGCAAUGUAGUAGACUUAUAAUUUAUUAAAUUUCUCCAUUUUACUUUAA